AUGCAGGGAACUCGUGGUAUCUCCUUCGCAGCUUGCAUGCCUACAGUCGGUUCAAUCACAGCUGCUUGGGCAUCUUUGCGGCAGAAUGGCUUUUUCAUAUGUUGUCUCACCACAUUCGGUCAGAUAAGCUUGAUCUAUGCCAUGCCGGUAUCAGGGCAGCUAUGUGCAUCCUCUUAUGGUUGGGAGGCGGUUUAUUAUCUAAAUGCGGUGCUUACCGUAAUCUUUAGUUGUGCUUGGUUUUGCUUGUAUGAACAAACUGUCGAAUAUAGUCUUCAAAGUGAUCCACGUGUAGCACGCCAUCCUAUGGUUUCUUCAUAUGAGCUGGCCGAUAUCAAUCCAAACAACUUUUGCCCUUCAUUACAAUCCUUUUCACAACUUUUGCAUGUUUCCGCUAUGCCUGCUCUCGAAUUCCAGAAGUCUAUACCGUACAUUCAAAUUUUAACAACUCCAACCAUAUUGGGUGUAUGGAUUGGAGCAGUCGGAUGUCUUCUCGCUUUGCAGCUGGUACAAAUGUUCUCGCCUCUUUACAUUCGCGAAGUACUGCAGUAUUCCGUGCAAAAGACUGGCUUCGCCGCAGCACUCCCUGUCCUAUUUCAGUGCCUUGUAAAGGUUGUCGCCGGCUACAGCAGCGAUCGAAUACGAAGCAUAUCGGAAACGACGAAGCUGCGCAUCUACAACACCUUUUCACUAGGAGCAAGUGCCUUGGCUUUUUGUGCAUUGUCUUUUGUCAAAAAAGGAGAGUCUACUCGUGGGAUUGUGCUUAUCACACUUGCCACCGCCAUGUUCGGUCUCAUUGGUGCUGGUUUCGUGAAGUGCGCGACACUAGUGUCUAGACAACAUAGCCAUUUCGUGCUUGCUAAUAUUCAAAACAUUUGGUGCUCUACUAUGUUGAUCUGCCCAGUCCUGGUAACAUUUGUAGCAGUUCUAAUCCUGUGGUAAAC